AUGAGUGGAUGCCAAUUUCAUCAACCAUAUGUAAAUAACAACGAAAAUGAAAAGAAGACAAUUGCAGAAUCUAUUGAAAAAGCAACUUUAAUGGAUCCAGCAUUAGAUGCACAUAAAGCUCAAAAGGGUGUUUAUUAUGGUUCCUAUUUAAAGUUAAAUGAAUUAUUAGGUAUUCAAAAUUUAGAAAGUGUUAAAGCAGGACAACCAGCACACGAAGAGAUGUUAUUUAUAAUUAUUCAUCAAACUUACGAAUUAUGGUUCAAACAAAUCAUUCACGAAAUUGAUUCAAUUCGUAACAUUAUGUCAACCCCACCAACACCAGAACGUUUAAACGGCGUUAUUGUCAAUCGUCUUCAAAGAGUCACAGAGAUUCAAAAACUUUUAGUCGAUCAAAUUAGCAUUUUAGAAACAAUGACAUCAGUUGACUUUUUAGAGUUUCGUAAUCUUUUAGUACCAGCAAGUGGUUUCCAAUCAGUACAAUUCCGUAUGAUUGAAAACAAAUUAGGUAUCUUACCACAAACUCGUGUUCAAUAUCAACAACAUCACUACUCUAGCUUCUUUAACGAAGAUGAUCGUAAAAAAUUAUCCGACACUGAAAACGAAACUUCAUUACUUCAAUUGGUAAUUCAAUGGCUCGAACGUAAUCCAUUCCUCUACAAUAAAGGUUAUGAUUUUUGGAGCUCCUACAAAAGUGCAGUCGAUAAAAUUCUCGAAAACGAUUUAGCUAGAAUUCAAUCCAACACUGAAUUAACCCAAGAUAUGAAAGAUCAAUCAACCAAAGAAGCUCAAAAGAACAUGGAAUCUUUUUCAACCCUUUUUGAUGAAAAAACAUACAACUCCAAAUUAGAAAAAGGAGAGGUUAGAUUAAGUUACAAAGCUUUACAAUCAGCAAUUUUAAUAUUUUUAUAUAAAGAUGAACCAAUUUUCCACACACCAUUCCUCAUUUUAAAUCUUUUAACAGAAAUUGAUGAACAAUUAACUUUAUGGAGAUUCCGUCACACAAUGAUGGUCCAAAGAAUUAUUGGUGCCAAAAUAGGAACUGGUGGUUCAUCCGGUUAUCAUUAUCUUCGUACCACCGUUGGUGAUAGAUACAAAAUUUUCCUCGAUUUAUUCAACAUUUCAAGUUAUUUAAUUCCAAAAAAUACUCUUCCACAACUCCCAUCAGUUGUCAAAGAACAAAUGGAUUUCGCUUGGUCAACUUUAUAA